AUGGCGGGUGCCGGGACCCUGUCCGCUGACGCGCCGUCUCAGUGGGCGAGCCACCGCGUGUGGAUCGGAAUGCACCGAUUCGGCGCCCGUCGGGCGAGCGACGGACGGUGCCGGGCGGCGAUUGCCGCUGGCCGCCGGCCCACUGUGCGCCCGCCACCGGCGCUGCAGGCCUCCGUCGGGGAAUCCUUCUCUUCGGAAAAGAGGCGGGCCUCUGAGGCGCCAGCGGCUGAGGAAGGGUCUGGCGAUGGCGAAGAUCAGGGCAAUGUCAGGCGAACAUCCGGGUCGAUGGCCUCAAGCUCGGGAUCCGAAGUUGGGCUGCACAAGUCGGCGAUGGCCCUGGCGAGGAGGGGGCGUGUCGGUCCGGCGCUGAGGAUGCUGUACCAGGGGAUCGACCGCUACCCCGACAACCACUUCUUUUUGACGUCCGCGGCCGUCCUCGAGGGCCGGCGGGGGCGUGUCGCCAGGGCGCGGAGGCUGUUCGAGAGGGCGCACGCGCUGAAGCCGGACAGCGCGCCCACGCUUCAGGCCUGGGCGCUCCUGGAGUCACAGAAUCAUAAGGUGUCACAAGCAGUAAGGCUGCUGAAGAUGGCUGCAGCAGCAGAUGCAUCGCAUGCACCAGUCUUCCAACUGUGGGCACUCCUGGAGGCACAAAGGAACAACGUGUCAGGUGCCAGACGCCUUUUCAAAAAAGGAGCGGAAGCAGAUCCCAAACAUGUUCCAAACCUGCAUGCCUGGGCUUCUCUUGAAAUGGACAAUGGGAACCGCCAGUUGGCUCGGAAAUUGCUGGAGAGGGGCUUGAAGGUUGAUCCCCAUCAUGCCCCUUCCUGCAAUUCUCUAGCCACCAUGGAGUGGCAGGCCGGCAACUAUGCAGCAGCACGGAACAUCUUCCAAUCCGGCCUGAAGUCUUCAAGGAGAGACUCUGACAUCUUACACUGCUGGGCCAUGCUGGAGCUGCGAAGACAGAACCUCAAAGUUGCAAGGGAACUGUUCGAUAAGACUCUGAAGCUGAACCCCAAGCACAUACAUACCCUGGUGAGCUGGGGAUCCAUGGAAGCUCGAUCGGGGAAUGUGGAAAGGGCACAGGAAUUGUACAAAAAGGCGGCACAGGUGUCCCCAAGGAACACCUUUGUGCAGCACAGCCUGGCCCAGUUCUACCAACAGCAGGGUGACACUGAGAGGGCUAAGGAGAUCUGGCAGAGGCUGGUGGAGUUGGAACCUGGGUGUGGGGUGGCUUGGCAUGCACUAGGUAUGCUGUGUGUGGCGAGCGGUGACCUAGCUGAAGCGAGGGCACUGUAUCAAAAGGGGAUGGCCGUCAGGGAUCCAAAGGCAGCCCUUCUGAAUUGUGAGGGUCUGGCUGAAUUAGAGCUGUUCUACGGGAAUGCGGGGGCUGCCUGCAGGGUGUUUAGGACAGCAGCGCAGAACUACAAAGUGAGCGCUAGGUUUCUCAGGAUGUGGGCAGCUGCAGAGAAGCGACUGUCAAAUCCUGAGGAGGUGUCCCGUCUGCUGGAAGCUUCAGCACGCAGAGACCCACAAGAAUACAGGACGUGGUUAAAGUGGGCACUGCAUGAGCGAGGCCGUCAGAACCAUGACAUUGCUGAGCGUUGCUUUCGGCGUGCAAUGGAGGUGGCCCCAGGCAGCCCCCAUGCUUAUCAUGCCUACGCAACCAUGAAAUAUUCCCUUGGUGACACAGCAGCAGCACGUGAAGCUUUUGCAGCUGGUCUGGAGACAGCUGCAAGGAGUGGUCCACUGAUAACAGAGUACGCAUUGAUGGAGUGGACUGAAGGUAACAUUUCGAAGGCCAGGGAACUUUUCUCCUUGGGCGCUGAGCUCCGCCCCUACCUUGCUCAUCCCCCACUCCUGGACGCAUGGUCUCGACUGGAAGCCCAAGAAGGCAAUCUCGAACUUUCCAGAGAAUUGGAGGCGAAGUACUGGUCGAUCUUGAACAAAGGACGAUCUGAGGCUGCUAGCACAUCAAUUGUUGAAGUAGUUGAUAUGGGCAAUGCUGGGGAAGACAAUUUUGACGGCGUUGAUUCAGAAGAGGGCCUAUGA